UUCCCCUCCGCGCACGCGCCGCAUCCGCAUCCGUUCCCCCCUCCCCACCCCCAUUUCAAACCAGGCGACGAGAAACAAAUCCCCUCAUAAUCCUCCGACCCAACCACCAAACCGCGCCCCUAAUCACGCAGGAAUCCUUCAUCAAUCGCUCGAGUCCACCCAUCCAGCGGAAGGAGACGGAGGGUAAGGGGGGAGCGUCCCCGGCGGCGGCGGCGGCGAUGAUGGAGGAGGACCCGCUGAUCCCGCUGGUGCACGUGUGGAACAACGCCGCCUUCGACGGCUCCAACUCCGCCUCCUCCAACGCCUGGCACGCGCACGCCACGCCCGUGCGCAGGGGCGAGAAGGAGAACCGCCGCCCCGCUGAGACCGACGACGCCGACGCCGACGCCGAGAUCGCGCGCAUCGAGGCCGAGAUCCUGCGCCUCUCCUCCCGCCUCCACCACCUCCGCGUCUCCAGGGGCCACGACGCCAACGCCAAGUCCACCGGGACGCGGCCGCGGGCGAAGGGGCUCGGCCUCGCCCCCCUCGACGACGACCUCCUCGCCGCCGCCGCGGACCCCGACAACCUGCUCCCUCUCCCGGAGAAGCAGCAGCCCCCGCCCCCCGCGCAGAAGCCCAGGCCCGCCGCCAAGCAGCAGUUCCCGGCGUCGCGGGGCGGCAGGGGGCUCAGCAUCGGCCCGCUCGACAUCGCCGCCGCGAACCCCGCCAAGGCCCCCGCCGCGCGUCAGCAGCAGCAGCAGCAGGGCGCUGCCCCCGCAAGCCGCAUCCUGAAGCCGAUCAAGGAGCCGCCCGUGCAGCGCCGCAGGGGCGUCAGCCUCGGCCCGAUGGAGAUCCAGCACGGCAUCAGCGGCGGCACCAAGCCCGUGGCCGCGGCGGGCGCGGCGCGGGUCAAGCCGUUCCCCGGCAAGCUGAACGCCAUCCGCGAAGAAGGGCAGGCUUCCAGGCAGCAGCCCGCGGUCCCCGCUAAGCUCUGGCCGUCGAGCAACGCCAGGCAGCCGCUCGACAGCAGCAAGCAAGGCACGGCGGCGAGCAGGGCCAAGGCGAGGAGCUCCAGCAUGAGCCCCAGGGCGAGGAGGCAGUCCAUCGCCAGGGCCACGAACAGCACGAGGGGAGGCGUCGCCGCGUUCGGGGCCGCCAAGGUGGUGGCCGACGAGCCCACGCCCAAAGCUGCCAUGAACCAGAGCAGCACUGCGUCCACCUGCAGGAGGCCGGCAGGGAGCUCCAAGGUCCGGGUCGUCCCGAGCCGCUACAGCCUCAUGCCCGGCGCGUCCCUGGGAGCUGCAUCACAGGAGAGGCGCCGCAAGGAGUCUCUCCCGGGAUCGACAGGGGGCGCAGGCCAGAAGGAGGAGGAGAUCAAAGCGAUGCCCACUGAGCCUGUCGACGAUGACCUCUCUCCUGAAUCACUGGACAAGGUUGCUGAACUGCUCCCGAGGAUCAGGACCAUGCCGCCUCCCGACGAGACUCCCCGCGACUCGGGGUGCGCGAAGCGGGCCGCCGAUCUGGUCGGGAAGCGAUCCUUCUUCGCGGCGGCCGCAGCCGGCGAUUGCAGUGCCAUUUCCUCCUACCAGGCGCGGGUCCUCGAAGCUGAAGCACCGGAGGAGGCAGCAGCAGCAGCAGAGGCCUUGGGCGAUGAGGCAGCCUCAGCAGGAGAGGCCUUGGGCGAUGAGGCAGCAGCAUGAUUUUGAUCCAUUCAUGAUUGGUCGGAGCGCUUGCUUAACUUGAGCAUUUGGUGAGGCUUUUUGCAGCGUGUUACAUAGUCAGUCUACUGUUACAUUCCUAUCUCAUGCUUUGUUUGCCGAUUUAAUUCGUUUAAGGCCCUGCUAGAGUGUGAAGAAGACCUUUAUAUGGGUGCUCUUGUGUUUAGUUUUACCUGUCAGUCAGUGUGCUCUGUUUGUGUAAGUAGUGUCAUGGUGUGGUUCUGAAACCUUUUGGUUGGAAAUGUGAGAGGAUAAUAUUCUGCUCGAAA